UAUUUUUUGUUUCCACAUAAUAAUCAAGAAUAAUUUUCAACAAUUAAAAAUACACUAUAAAUACAUAAUUGGGGGUGUAUGUCUGAAACCGACGCCGUAUAAAUUCGUGUAUAGAGAGAGAGAGAGAGGAGAGAGAGAGAGAGAGAGCACGAGAAUUAGAAAGAGAGCGCUAUAUAUUUGACCUUUCAAAUUUUUUUCUGGAUCUAGGGUUUCCUAUCGGUCUGACAAAAUUCACGCAUAUUCAUAUCACAUACACACCUUAAAAAUCACAAAAAAAAAACCUGAAUAAAAUUCCGAAGACGUCAACAAAAAUCAGGGAUUCUGCAAUCGCCGGCAGAAUCUCGAUCUGAAAACCCUAAUUUUUCUAUCUGCAUGUUUUAAUUUUCCCUCACAGAUCUUUUCAGCAAUCGAUCUAUUCACUAGAUCUGCAAAAAAAGGGACUUGUCAAUUUCGAAUUUCACCUACUGGAGAGAAAGAACCCAAUCGGUUGAUUGAUACUGAAAAUUUUGAAAUUGGGCAAGAAUUUGAAUUUGAAAAAAGAAAAAAACUUGAAUUUUUCUUAAAACAUUUUUGGUGUAAUUUGAAUUUUGGGGGAGAAUAAAUGUACCGAAAAUUGGUGGCGGUGUAUGAAGGGGAGAGGUUGCUGGGUGAGGCGGAGUUUCACCAGCAAAACGGCGACGUCUUGAGGGAAGAGGUGAGGGAAAUCCGCGUUUCGCACUAUUCACCGCCCAGUGAGCGGUGUCCGCCACUCGCGGUGCUUCACACCAUAAAAUCCACCGGAAUAUGCUUCAAAAUGGAAUCUGCGCCGGACGCGCCGCUCUCUGUUAUGCACGCCACUUGUCUCAGAGAUAACAAGGCUGCAGUAGCAUUUAUUGGAGGAACGGAGAUUCAUUUAGUUGCUAUGCAUUCACGAAAGUACGAAGGGCAAAGCCCUUGCUUUUGGGGAUUCAACGUGGCGUCGAGCCUCUACAAUUCUUGCCUUGUCAUGCUGAAUCUAAGAUGUCUUAGCAUUGUGUUUGACCUCGAUGAAACCCUAAUUGUCGCAAACACAAUGCGUUCGUUCGAAGAUCGAAUUGAUUCGCUGCAGCGAAAGAUAAAUUCUGAGUCGGACCCGCAGCGUCUCUCUGGCAUGCUGGCGGAGGUUAAAAGAUAUCAAGACGACAAAAAUAUUCUGAGGCAGUAUGUGGAAACUGAUCAAAUAAAUGAAAAUGGGAAGGUUACGAAGUCGGAAUCCGAGGUGGUUCUGGCUUUGUCUGAUAAUCAUCAAACUAUUGUCCGUCCUAUUAUACGGCUACAAGAUAGAAAUAUUAUUCUCACUCGCAUUAAUCCUCAGAUACGCGAUACGAGUGUUCUUGUGAGAUUAAGACCUGCGUGGGAGGACCUCAGAAGCUACUUGACUGCUAGAGGGAGAAAGCGCUUCGAGGUUUUUGUGUGCACAAUGGCGGAGAGAGAUUACGCCUUAGAAAUGUGGAGGCUUCUUGAUCCAGAAUCAGAUUUUGACGAUGGUUUAUUGCAACAAAUUUCGGAAGUUGCAUAUGAGGAUGAACCCAAACAUAUUCUUUCUCCUCCUGAUGUGAGCCACUACUGGGUUUCAGAGGAUGAUCCUCCAGCGAGCAAUGGAAACAAAGGUUUGACUGGUCACGAUGGAAUGGCGGAUGCCGAGGUUGAAAGAAGAUUAAAGGAUGGAUUAUCGGCUUCUUCAACUGCUCCUAAUAAGCCAAUAAUGCAUUUAGAUCCAAGAAUUGCGUCGGCUAUACAGCGCUCUGUACCGUCGUCCUCUCUUACAGUUCAUAUACCAACCGUACAACAACCAUCAAUGCCUUUUCUUGGCCAGCAAUUACCUCAAGUCACAACACUGCCGAAGCCCAGACAAGCAGAGAUAAACGUACAUAGUAGUUCUCCUGCAUUGGAAGAAGGUGAGGUACUAGAACCCGAAUUAGACCCCGAUACAAGAAGGCGACUGCUUAUCUUGCAACACGGUCAAGACGUGAGAGAAAGUCCUCCGAGCGAGUCCCAGUUUCCUGCUCGGCCGCCGCCCAUGCAAGCACCUACCCCAAGAGCUCCCCCCCAUGGCUGGUUUCCUAUUGAAGAGGAGAUGAACCCGAGACAAGUGAACCGGGCGGCACCACCAGUUGAUUUUAUUGCGCAGCCUCCUUUUCCUGUUGACAAUAUUCGGACACUUCAUCCACCGUUUCUUCACAAAAUGGAGGCUGCCAUGUCGCCGGGCAGAGUUCUUGAAAACCAGAGGUUGCCGAAGAAGGAACUCCCACGAGAUGAGUUUCUAAGGUUACCUCAACCAGUACCGGAUUAUCAUUUUUUUUCUGGUGACGGAAGUACUGUGGCUCAGCUACCUUCUACGAACAAGGAUCUUGAUCUAGAAGAUGGACAAAUUGAUGCCUGGAGUGAAACUUCUUCUACUGGAGUUUUAGAAGAUAUUGCUUUCAAGUGUGGAACAAAGGUCGAGUUCAGACAUAUUCUAGUACCAAGCACCGCUCUGCAGUUCUGUGUUGAGGUUUUCUUUGCAGGAGAGAAAGUAGGCGAAGGAAUUGGUAGAACAAGAAGAGAAGCACAGCGUCAAGCUGCUGAAGGAUCUCUUUUAUAUCUGGCUGAUAAAUACUUGUCUCAGCUUCAACCUGAUUCGAGCUAUAUGCCUAAGGAAGAGGCUGUACAAACAGCACCACUAAGGAUUCGAGACCCUAGAGUAGAGGCUUCAAAGAAGUCAAUGAGUUCAAUCGCUGCACUAAAAGAAUUAUGCAUGAGGGAAGGCCUUGAUGUAGCAUACCAAACUCAAUCCCAGUUUUCAGGUUUCCGGGCCCAUAAGAACGAAGUUUAUGCCGAGGUUGAAAUUAACGGGCAAGUCUUGGGCAAGGGAAUUGGGUUAACAUGGGAGGAAGCCAAAUCUCAGGCUGCUGAGAAGGCUAUUGGUGCCAUGAAUUCCAUGCUAGGCCAGCAGGCUCCCUACAAACGUAUGGAUUCUCCACGAUCUAUGCAGGGGAUGUCUAGUAAUAAAAGGUUUAAACCAGGAUACUCUCGAGCGUUGCAUCGAAUGCCAUCAUCUGUACGCCAGCCAUAAGGCGUACCUCUUUAGCUGGUAUUAAAAAGAAAACGCGAGUCAUUUUUUGUUCUCUGAAAAAUGAGAAUGGCAAAAUUGUAAAUAAUGCCCUUGGAGCUAACGACAAAAAAAGGAAGCUGGUCGAUUUUCUAGUAAUGGUGAGAAUCGAGAUAGCUGAUCAGUAGUAGUUACAACUUAUACAUGGGUCUUGGCUUAGUUGCUGAAUUGCAAUUUUGUCACAAUUGUUGUAUCAUUUUUGAUGAAUUUAUAAGUUGUACAUGGUCUCUAAUGAAUUUUGCAGAGCUGAAAACCAUGUUAAUACAACGAGACUAGUAAAAUUUUAUUAA